AUGGAUAUGGAGGGGUUUCGUGCAUCGCUGGGUGCGAACUGCGUCUGGCGGCAGGCACUCUCACCCGGAAAAAGCGGCUCCACACUAAUAUACUUCGGCAACUUCGUUAUUAAGAGUGUCAAGGAGAGUGAGUUUCGCUUCCUCAAGAAUCGCUUUCUCAGCAACUACGCCGCGUUCUGCGAACGCAACCCGGACACGAUGCUGCCGCGGUUCUUCGCGCUGUUUUCGUUCUCGUGGCUGCGGCUUCGCUCACGCAAGCGGUAUGUGCUCAUGCAAAAUGUAUUCUCUACCCGCUACUACAUUCACCGCAUUUAUGAUGUGAAGGGCAGCACUAUUGGCCGCUCUGCCAGCACUGAAAAAGCGCCUCGCACCGCGUUCGGUGCUCUUCUUCUUAAAGACAAUGAUCUCCCAGCACAGCUUAUUAUUUGCGGUCCGCUACAACGCGCCCACCUCCUCGCACAGUUUCGCUCUGACACAACUUUCCUGCACUCGCUAAACAUUGUGGACUAUAGCUGCCUGAUUGGUGUGCGCAGCCGCGUCUUUACGCGAANACAACUUUCCUGCACUCGCUAA